AUGCCGCUUCUCGACUCCCACCUGGAGCAGAUUGCGCUCUCUUCGAGUGCAAUAUCUGAACUACGCUUCCCUCCACCCCGCAUCUUCACAAACGCGUUGCUCGGCUCUCAUGACAUUACGGCCUUGAUCCGCGAUACAGAGGCUCAUGAGCGGGCACUAUUCCAAGUCGACCCAGCUGUCAAAGCUCAAGGGUCGCAACGGCGCGCCACUCGACGUGGAACUACCUUCUCUAAUGAGUCCGAGAACGAAUCCAUGGCGAGCCGGAUCUACUCCGCGCGAAACAAUCGCAACCAGUCUGCAGUGGCUCGAGUCCUAGGCACAGAUAUGAUAAAUGAGAUUAAGCGGUCGGCGGGGACUUCUGCUCGUGGACGUGGCGAAGUCAACAUUGAAGUUCUCUUGCGUGGAGCCGAGAUUCUGUGCAAUGUCUACCCAGUUGCAGGUGCACAGGAAAAGAUUGCCAGACUGCGCUAUCGGCACGAAAUAAUUGCUGACUCCGUGGCCCAGCUCGAGGAUCGUGUCGCUGCAAAUACUGCCGAACUCGAGCAAAUGCGGCAAUCGUACGACGAUGACGACUACAACUACUCCCAUCCUGCUGUACCUCUGCAAGAUGUUCCCGAAGUCACGGACGAGGAUAUUGAGCAGGAAAUGGCCGAGAUUGCGGAUCUGGAGCGAAGGAAACGGGCAUUGGAGGCUCGAGUCAGCGGUAUGGAUAGGGAUCUUGGGGGGCUUAUGGAAUGA